AUGUCUGGAACCUAUAGGGUUCCGUCUCCCCCGGAAGCUGCGACGGCGGCUUCUGUUCAAGGCCCGGAUCUUGAGUUUUCUCAUAAUCAAACUCCAGACGAAGAGAACGAAGCUAUCGAAAACCCGAUGCCUCCUUUCGAACCAUUAUUCGCUCUCCUGACCAACUCAACUACAAAUACUACUGUGCAUCCUCGUGUACACUACGUCUUCUCCGACGACGAUCCUUCGAUCCUCGCAACCAGUGCUCAAGACCCGUCGCACCGACCCCUCGUGGUAGACCUCACGCCAGCUCCCGAAGGCGAUUCCAAUCGAUGGGCUGUGUCCUGGGCCGCCAGUCUAACGCCCGAUUUCGCUGUGACAAACUCAAGCGUAGCUGUCCAACAGAGCGAGGGCGAAGAGAACGGAGGCGCUGGCGCUUUAAUGCUCCGUGUUGAAGGUGUCGAGCGCGAACCUGUUGAGAUGCGACCCGACUCCCUACCUAGCUCAGGCAGUGGUGCUAUAGGAGGGGAGGAUGUCGAUGUCUUGGCCGAAGAAUUCCGCAGACGGAUGGGAGUGCUAAAGAAGGUUGUUGAUGAGGCUGAAAAGAGGCGUGUGGUAGUAGGACAGGAUGAAGACGUUCACGAUGCAGAAGAAGACGAGGGUGGUGCACCCGAUGAGGCGGUGGUAGACUAUGAUGAGGACAAGGGGAAAGGAAAGGCGAAAGCGGGGAACGAUUGA